GGACGCGCGGCGGCGGCGGCGGCUGCGGGGGCGCGUCGGGGCUGGAGCAGGAGCGCGCCGGGCGCAGGUCGCAUCGAGCCGGAGCGCGGCGGCCGCGGGCUCUGGGGAGGGACACGCGCGGAUCGCCCAAGGGACGGGCACGCGAGGACGCCGUGCCGCCACACUGCCCGCAGCCGCCGGCGCUCACGUUCUCCGCGUGCCGCCGCCGCUGUGUGGCACAAACUUUCCUCCCGGGACGCAGCACGCUGUCUCGAGCCCGCAGCCGCGCCUUCUGCUCCUCCGGUCCGGGAAGGGGGAAAACACCCCUGGCGCGUUGGAGAGGCACUCGGAGCAGUACGUUGGGGGUCAUGGGCUCUCCUAGGAAGGACUCGUUGGGGACGCUUUGAGGCCACAGCUGCUGAAAUGGGUUGUGGAUUGAACAAGUUGGAGAAGCGCGACGAGAAACGGCCUGGGAAUAUCUACUCAACUUUGAAGAGGCCUCAGGUAGAAACUAAGGUAGACGUGGCCUAUGAAUACCGCUUCCUGGAGUUCACGACGCUGAGUGCCGCGGAGCUCCCCAGGUCCUCAGCAGUGAGGCUGGCCUCCCUGCGGGACUUGCCGGCGCAGCUGCAGGAGCUGUACCAGCAGGGCUUCUCCCUGGCCGCCUUGCACCCCUUCGUGCAGCCCACGCACAAGCUGGAGAAGACGCCCCUCGAGCACAUCUUCAGGGCCAUCUUGGUGAAGAAAACUGACAGAUCUCAGAAAACUGAUCCUCACAAUGAAGGCUAUGUCUUGGAAUUGGAUUGUUCCUCUUCCUUAGAACAACUGGCAGACCAAAAAAUCAUCCCAGAGUUCAUUAAGAAGGUCCAGGAGGCCGCAAGUCGGGGCCUGAAGUUUGUUGGCGUUAUACCUCAGUACCAUUCCCCUGUGACCUUGGUGGGCAGCAGUGCCUUGACAUCCCCUGCCAACAGUGCUGCAGGUGCCAGAGAUGCGAAAAGUGCACAUGGGGAUCACACAUCAUUGGAGAACGAGGGCCCAGGGGCUGUGGAUGUCAGCAUUGCUCCUGCAGGGAUGGACCAAAGCCUGGAGCCCAGUCCAGGCCCCACUGGGGAGGUUCCUCCCACUGAGGAACCCGGCUCACUCCAGGAGGGUAGAGAAGCCUCCUGGAGGGAGGUGAGCCCAACCUUGGAUGGACCAGAUGGUGACCUGUUGGAUGUACAUGAAGAAUCAUGCUCAGGAAAAAUGGAGAUCUUCGCGCUUUUCAACAAACCGAAGAACCAUGAGAAGUGCCGGCAGUACUACCCCGUCACCAUUCCUCUGCGCAUCUCCAGGAAUGGUCAGACAGUGAGCAGUCUGGAUGCCAACUGGUUGGAGCACAUGAGCGACCACUUCCGGAAGGGGGGAGUGCUGGUGAAUGCAGUCUUCCACCUGGGAAUGGCACAUGAUUCCUUCCAUGGCUUGACAGAUGGAGUAUUCAUUUUUGAAGCUGUUUCCACAGAAGAUAGCAAAACCAUACAGGGCUAUGAUGCUAUUGUUGUCGAACAAUGGACAGUCCUGGAAGGUGUGGAGGUGCAGACAGACUAUGUGCCUCUGCUGAACUCUCUGGCAGCCUAUGGCUGGCAACUUACCUGUGUGGUGCCAACUCCUGUCAUCAAGACGACCAGGGAGGGGAGUGUAUCCACCAAGCAGAUUGUCUUUCUUCAGAGACCAUGUCUACCUCAGAAAAUCAGGAAGAAGGAAUCAAAGUUCCACUGGCGCUUCUCCCGAGAAGAAACGCACAGCAGGCAAAUGAAGAAAUCCAAAGGUAAACUCAGAGACAAACGACAAGCGGAAGAAAAUGAGAAGAAUUUAGAAGACCAGUUUUCCAAAGAUGGAGAUGUGGGAAACUGUGUGCUGGGCAGGCCGCAGGAGGGCAGAGCCUCCGAGAUGCGAUUCCCUGUGGAAGAGGUCAGGGGAGAAAAGCUGUCCCUUGCCAGCCAGCCAGGUGGCAAGGCCCUGGAGGGCGUGGCUGUGCAGAACGGGCCUGCUGUUUGCAGCAGGGCUCCGUCAGCCCCUAGGCACUCGGAUCCCGGAGAGGAUCCCAGGAAUGGGUGUGCCGAGGAAGCUGAUGGUGAGCCCACUCCAACAGGGGAAAACUGAGUUUGUGCUGAAGCUAGACAAGUGGGCAAACCCGAGGCAUCCUGCCGGCAGCUGGUUUGCCCUUGUGUUGUUACCCUUUGGCUUGGCUUAACCUGUCCUUGUGAGCUCACCUGGGCCCUCCCAGGGCCAGUUCCUGACAGUGUUGGUUUCCGCGCAUCCAUUCAAAAGGUGUGGUGACGACCCUGUGUUAGAAUGCAAGGUCAGGGUACUUCUCUUUUAGACCUCAGGGCUGAAGGCCCAGCCCUGGCUCCACCACUCCUCUCAAGGGAAGAUCUGGACCAUCCAGUGCCUGUUACUGCCCCACAGGAGAUCCAUGGCACAUUUGGUCAAAUCCAUGGACAUCCUUGGCUCCCAACAAAGCUGUUGUUCAUUCAUACAUCCUGCUGGGGCAGUGUCCAUCCCCAGCUUUGUGCAGCACUCAGUGACUUUAAACCACCCCUGGAGCCCUGUCAGCUGCCCUUCUCCACCUAAACCCUGCUGCUUUGGCAAAGAAAUGAUGUCAAGGGGGGAGGUGGCCAGCCACUUAGCUUUUCUCAAAGUAGUCCUAUAGCUACUGGUAACCUGGAAAUGAAGAGGUUAAUUCUGUGUGCACCUGCUGUUGCAGAAUGUUCAAGAAAGUAUCCUGUGUUAGUAUUAAUGCCAAAACAAUUUUUUAAAGGUUUUGUAUUCAGCACACCCUAUGAAGACAGGUUACUGUUGUCAUUUCAGGGCCCUGGGCUGUUGUGUGCUAUUUCAGCCAGUGUAGCAUCGGCCAACUUGUUACCUGUGUAUGCUGUGUCUAUCACGUGUUUAUACUGUCUAGAAAGUAUUGUUAAAGCUUUAAGUAGAUGCAUCUGGCAAACCUUGGAGAGAAAAUGCCAAUUGUCUUGACUGAAAGAGCAGCCUGCCUCUUCUCCUGUUUAGUUACUUAAAGCAAUAAAUCAUCUGAGUUUA